AUGCAGAGUGGCGAAGUGAUGAACUUUAUAGACUUCCAGCAGCUGCAAAUCGAUAAUGAGCUUUCUGUGAAGAAAAUUGACGAGAUUAAUAAGGAACUGCUCAGCCUUAAGAAAAGCUACGCGAAAAUAGUUGAGCAAGUAAACUCGACUAAGAAGCGCAUAGGCGACCUAUUGAAUGAGGAGAACAUGUUAAAACAGGAAAUGGAGGGAAGGAAAAAAGUCUUGGCCAAGACGGAGAAAGACAUAAGAAAAGUUGCUGUUGAGAGGGAGAAAGCUCGCAAGGAAAACAGCAAACUGCGAGGGAUGACCAGAAAUGUGCGCACUGAUGGUGGAGGCUCUGGUGGUCCCCGGGUAGGAACCGAUUAA